AUGGAUUUUAUUCAGACAGAAUUAAAACGUACAGCGUAUCAUCCAAUUGUAUUUGUUAUAACAGAUAAUAGUUCAUUAUCAGCAUCGAAUAAUCCUAAUAUUUUAUUUUCAUUGUCAAUUAUUGAUGAAUUAAAAAUUGAACAGAUCAGUUUCAAUCCAAUUGCACCAACUUUUAUGAAAAAAGCUCUUGAAUUAAUUAUUCAUCAAGCGUCUCUAUUAAAAUUAAAACCACCACCACGUGAUUGCAUUACUGAUAUUAUUCAAACAGCAAAUGGUGACCUUCGUUUAGCAAUUAAUACAUUACAAUUUUCUAGUAAUAAUAAAUUAAAAGUCUCAAUAGGAAAAUUGAAUUCAAAAGAUACAUGCUUAUCAUUGUUUCAAGGUCUUGGCCGAAUUUUAUAUAAAAAAGAUUCCGAAGAAGAUUCAAUAGAUGAAAAUAAAAAUCAACCUGAAAAUUUUAUUGAACAAUGUCAUAUAUCAGCACCAACUUUUAUUGGUUUUCUAUUUGAAAAUUAUAUUGAUUUUUAUUCUUCAAUUGAUGAUGCAGCGACUUUAUGUGAUCAUUUCAGUAUAACUGAACAUAUUCUUAAUGAAUGGGAGUCACGUUCACAACUCCUAUCUGUAUCAUCAAGUAUUGCUUGUCGAGCAGUACGUUUAUGCAAUUCUGUUCCAAUGAGUCGAGGUUUUAAACCAUUGCGUAAACCACAGGAGAGUGAUGUUAGAACGAGAGUACAAAAAAAUCAAACAUUAUUGUCAACAAAUAAAUUAUAUUAUGGCUGUUCAAGAGAAGAAUAUUUUUGUACUGUUUUACCUUAUCAAGCUUUUCUAUUGAAAAUAUCGCGUUCUGAAACAACAAAUGCAACAAAUCGUUCGAUUCUUGAUAUUGGUUUUAUUAAUCGACAUGCGAAGAAAUGCAACGACAUAAAUUCAAUGGUAACUGGAAAAAAUAGUUCAAUUGCACUCCUUACCGACAAUACUCAAACAGAUGAGACGUCUUAUAAUUUUUCGUUAACUCAUGCAACAACAAUCAAAUUAAACGAACUUGAAUACGAUGAUAAUGUUGAUAUAGAUAUUAUUGAUGAUUAA